CUGUAUCGAUUCCAAGCAGAAACUUAAUUUGAAUGAAAAUGGUGCAUUCUGGGCGAUUGGGGGCUGUAUGUGUUUUGACUACCGCUGCCGUGCUGCGCGUCUGUGUCGCCGGACAUUGAAUUCUCGGUUGGCUGAGUUUUUAGCUUUGACAGGUCAGUUUUGAACUAAAUUAAGGUGACAGUAGAGGCGCCAUGAUGUCAAGUGGAAGUGCUGAGAAACAUCGGCAGAGCGCACUUCCCUCCAUUCUGGACGCAUACGUGUCUCCCAGAAGUAUUGUAGAGAAUGGUGUAAAAAAACAGCAGCUGAAGGUGAGGAAGUGCUUGCACGGUGAGGAUGAGGAGAGGCUGACGGAAAGCCCUGAACACGGCCUCGAGGGCAAGGCCAGCAGGCGACAGAAGGCUGCUAUGGAGCAGCGCCAUCUGCAGGCGUACAGAAACAUUCAUCGUUUGCGGGAUGUUUUGCACCGGCGCUACUCAGACCUCUUGUGGGAGAAGAUUCAAAAACAGAGACUUGACAUCAAACAACGUUGUUUCACGUCACCGAAAUCUCUGAAGCAUCUAAGAAUACAAAAAGAGAAAAAUAUCAUACGUCAAAAGUUGCCCUACUGCACCCUUACCCAUGAUGAAACACAUCUGAAGUCUCUUCAUAAAACUAGUUACUAUCUGAUCAUUGACCUCCAGAACCAAAUGAUGCGCAAUGGUUGGCUGAAGACCCACUGUGAUCAAGAAGAGUUCUGGGCACUGGCUGGGCAGAUCCAGAAGAGGAGCCAACUGGAGAAGAGGCUGCAAGAUGUCAGAGAGAAGACAGUGAUUAGCAGCAGGUCUGCUCCAGAUCUCAAGUCUCUGGAGCAGAUAAAGCAAGAGACCUCAGAACAGAUGAAACCCAUUGCUUCUAUCAUAGGUCUUCGUGAACAAGCUGCUCUUUCAGAAAGGGAUGCCGACGGCUGGGGCCUCGGCCACCACCUCCGCGACCGGCUGCAGCACGAACGGAACGCCAUUGAACGGAUGUUUCCCAAGCUACAGGUGCCCAAGUUUGUCACCCUCCAGCCUGCUUUUCUGGAUCUGCUGAAGUCAUUUCCUGAACUAAGGAUUUCUGACACGUCACAGAAGACAACGUGCACAGAUGCCAGCCUGAGGAAACUGCAUCAGAUGUACAGCCUCACCCUCACCAAUAUGGCCGCUUCCCAGAGACUGCUGAACAGAGGCACACACUGUCCACUCUGGGACGACGAGGGCAGAGACUGGAAUCUGCACGAGUACUUAUUUCCCACUGAGGUUCUUAGCAUGAAUCAUGGGAAAAUCAGAAAGUCUCCUUUCCCUCACCGCUCUCCACAAGCCCCAAGUGGCCAGACUGAGACCACGUCUACACUGGAACUUGACACAGAAGCCAUGUCUGAUACAGAGCGUCCUAAGAGCAUCCUGCUGACUGAAACAAUCCCUGAGCACAAGGAGGCAAACUCCACUAAGUCCCCAGAUCCCCUGUCACUGGAACAAGUGUGUGAGAAGCACCCCUCUGCGGUAAAAACGGGGCCCUCCAAGUCCUGGACCAACUACAUUUAAUACAUCAGGCAACUUUUCUCUUGGAAUGUAUGUAUGUUACAGUGUCAGUAUGUUUAUUAUGGUGUAUAGAAGCAGAAAUGUAGACUAACCAUGCAUAACCAAUUGGGAUAAAAAAGGAAACAUUUUUCAAGUUUUUAUUAAAAAUCCAAACAUCCGUCCAUUGUCAACUGCUUAUCUUGGUUAGGAUCACAGGAGUGCCUAAGUCUGGCUUCUUAGAGUACUGGGCAGGGGGAUUCCCAGGAGGAGAUGUGAAUCUAUAGCAGGGUACACACACACACACUUACGCAUACAAUAAUACACCAAGG